AUGAGAAGGCCUUUGGGAAAGAUAUUGGAAGCUGAAGGUGAAGGCCCUAAGAAAGUUGAGAUAAUUGAAGAAUCUCCAACUCAUAAGCAACCUUCUGGUAUGUCUCCUUCAGUUGAGACGUAUUUUCCUUCUGACCAAAUUAGUAACACUCCAUCUUCAUUCACUCCUCUUCAUUCUUAUCCACCAAAACCUCAUAAACCUUUUGUAACCAUCUCUAACCCUCAACAAAAAAAACCAUCUAAACCAUUUGCACCAUUCAAACCAUCUAAAUCAUAUGAACAUGAACCAUCUAAUCCAAAACCAUCUAAACCAUAUGAACAUGAACCAUCUAAUCCAAAACCAUCUGAAACCAUUCUCUUUGAACAACCACAAUCACAACCUGAGAAUUCCCCCUCUAGACAUCCCAUUCAUACAUCCACUGAACUUAUACAACCACAAAAUCAUGAACCAAUCCCCUCACAACCUCAACCAACACAAAACGAAAAUACCCCCUUUAAAACUCUCCAUUACAUUCAUACAUCCUUUCAAAUUGUCAUUCCUGAAACACGUACCUUUCCAGAUUCAACACCUUCACCACCAACUCUACCACCUCAACCAAAUGUCAUGAAUAACGCUUUCAUUGAAAACCUUCAUGGAACAUAUCUGAAACAAUUCCCCCUGUCGCACCUCGAAAAAUGA